AUGGAUCGUAGUUGGAUGAGAGCUAAUCGAUUAAGUGCUGAGUACGAACAUGGAGUGAUGGAAUUUCUACAGUUUGCUGAAAAUAAUGCUAAAAAAGAUCUUCCUCCUCCUAAAAGUAGUACUGAAGAAAGUCUUCCUACAUUUAUUCUCUGUCCGUGUGUUCGUUGUGCAAAUCGAGAACCAAAACUUAGUAAGAAAGAAAUCAUGAAUCAUCUAAUUUGUAAAGGAAUUUGUCAAAGUUAUACACAAUGGAUAUGGCAUGGUGAAGUAGUAGCAGCGUCAAAUGUGUCCCAAAUAGAUAAUGUUAGUGUAGAAAUGGAUGAUCGUCUGGAAGACAUGAUGCGUGAUAUUGGACAAGAUUCGUUUAAGAGGGCACAAGCGUAUGAUAGCUUAUGCAUUGACAAGGAUACACCUUUGUACCCGGGAUGCACAAAUUUUACACGUUUGUCAGCCGUGUUAAAAUUGUUCAAUCUUAAGGCAGUUAACGGGUGGAGUGAUAAAAGUUUUACCGAAUUGCUUGAAUUGUUGACACAAAUGCUUCCAGAAGGUAACGUACUACCAAGUCGUUAUUAUGAGGCGAAGAAAAUAUUGUGUCCGAUGGGUUUGGAGUAUGAAAAGAUACAUGCAUGCCCUAAUGAUUGCAUAUUAUACAGAAAAGAGUAUGUAAACUAUAAUCAUUGUCCGAAGUGCAAGGCGUCACGCUACAAAAAAAGAAAUGGUGAAUCUAGUGAUGAUGAGGAAGUAAAAAAGGGUCCUCCUGCGAAAGUGAAAAUUGAUUAUUUAUUUCCAAAUUUUGGCAAAGAGUCGAGAAACCUUAGACUUGGACUUGCUACUAAUGGAAUGAAUCCGUUUGGUAAUCUAAAUACUAACCAUUCUUCUUGGCCUGUUCUUCUGAUGAUUUACAACAUAUCUCCUAGGUUGUCCAUGAAGCGUAAAUAUAUUAUGUUAUCCAUGAUGAUUUCGGGUCCAAAACAACCAGGAAAUGACAUAGAUGUUUAUCUAAGUCCACUGAUCGAUGAUUUAAAAGUGUUGUGGGAGGAAGGGGUGGAUGUUUUUGAUGCGCAUUCUGGUGAACAGUUCAAUAUGCGUGCCAUGUUGUUUUGCACCAUCAACGAUUUUCCGGCAUAUGGCAAUUUGUCUGGGUAUAAAGUUAAAGGGCAUAAAGCGUGUCCUAUAUGUGAAAAAGACACAUGUUACCAUCAGCUUGAAAAAGGAAAGAAGACUGUUUAUCUCGGGCAUCGAAAAUUUCUAAAUCGUUAUCAUCCAUAUCGUAGAUUGCGGAAAGCUUUCAAUGGGGAACAAGAGCAUGGUGUUGCUCCAAAGCCCCUAACUGGAGAGGAAGUUUAUCAACGACAACAGGGCAUUACUGCUGUCUUUGGAAAGUACCAAAAGCGGCCCAUUGUGAAAAAUAUAUGGAAAAAGAGGUCGGUUUUCUUCGAUCUUCCAUGUUGGUCUAGUCUUGAGGUAAGACAUUGUAUUGAUGUGAUGCACAUAGAGAAAAAUGUAUGUGAUAGUGUAAUCGGAACACUUCUCAACAUUCAAGGCAAGACAAAGGAUGGUAUUAAUGCUCGUCUAGAUUUGGGCGUGAUGGGUAUACGAGAAGAGCUAACUCCACAAUAUAUAGGUAACAAGACGUAUCUGCCUCCUGCCUGCUACACUUUGUCGAAAAAAGAGAAAACAAGUUUUUAUGAGUGUUUAGAAAGUAUCAAAGUGCCGCAUGGUUACUCAUCAAAUGUCAAGAGGCUUGUAUCGGUUAAAGAUCUCAAAUUAGUUGGCUUAAAAUCUCAUGACUGUCAUGUCUUAAUGCAACAACUACUACCAGUGGCUAUUCGUGGGAUAUUGCCUAACAAUGUUAGGAAGACUAUAACUAGGUUGUGCCUGUUUUUCAAUGCAAUUUGUUGCAAAGCCAUUGAUCCAUUAAAGUUAGAAGAUUUGGAAAAUGAGGCUGCAGUUAUCUUGUGCCAAUUAGAGAUGUUUUUUCCUCCUUCAUUUUUUGACAUUAUGGUUCACUUGAUUGUUCAUCUAGUAAGGGAGAUUAGAUUAUGUGGUCCAAUUUUUUUACGGUGGAUGUAUCCAAUAGAGCGAUACAUGAAGAUCCUAAAAGGGUAUACCAAGAACCCACACCGUCCGGAAGCAUCGAUUAUUGAGAGGUACAUUGCAGAAGAAGCAAUUGAGUUUUGUUCUAAUUAUUUGUCGGAAGUGAAUGCUGUAGGGGUUCCCAAGUCUCGUCAUGAUGGAAGAUGUGAGGGUGUGGGUACACAAGGUUUAAAGAUCAAGAGCUUAAGUAUUGAUGUGGUUGUUCAAGCGCAUUUGUAUAUAUUGAAUAACACGGAUGAAGUUCAACCUUACUUAUCUGCUCACAAAAGCAUCAUAAAGAAAAAGUACCCCAAGAUGAGUGAAAGAGGGUUGUUAAAAGAGCAUAAUAAGAGUUUCUCUAAGUGGUUUAAAGAAAAAAUUGCUGGUGAUGAUAGUGCUUCAAAAACAAUUAAGUGGUUGUCCUAUGAGCCUAAAUGUAACAUAUUAACUUGGAGUGGAUACGAUAUUAAUAAAACUUCCUUUUAUACAAAGGCAAAGGAUGACCGUAGUACCACGCAAAAUAGUGGGGUUAUGAUUGUGGCCGAGUCCAUGCACUUCUCUAGUGCUAAAGAUAACAACCCGAUUAUGGCAUCUACGCCCUACUUUGGGGUGAUUGAAGAGAUUUGGGAAGUUGAUUAUGUUGUGUUUAAAGUUCCUGUAUUUAAAUGCAAAUGGGUUGAUAUCAAUAGUGGUGUAAGAAUUGAUGAAUUUGGAGUUACACUGGUUGAUCUUAGCAAGUUAGCUUAUGCGGACGAACCUUUCAUCAUGGCAUCUCAAGCAAAACAAGUUUUUUAUGUCACAGAUCCUUCUAAUAAAAGGUGGUCAGUUGUUCUGCAAGGAAAGGUGCAUGAUAGUGAUGAAAAUCAAGAUGCGAAUCUUGAUAUUUCAGAAACUCCUCCUUUCUCAACAAAUGUGCCUACCUUCAUUGAAAAAGAUGUAGAGGAUGAUGUGCAUGCUAUUCGCAUAGAUCAUGAAGAAGGGAUAUGGGAGAACUAG